AUGUCAUUUGGUCCACGGCCCUCACAGCUUUGCUUGCUUUCAAACUUACCGGAAAAGCAGGUGGGGGAUAAAGUGAGAUUCCUGGGAUGUGUGACAUCCUACAUACCCGCAUCUGGCGUCCUGGCUUUAGAGCACCGCUUGCCAGAAGAAGCUCGUUCAGUUCACGCUCUGGUGGAUGUCAAUCUGGUCCUCGAGAGCUUGGGUCCGGAACAGACUCGUGUGGGCGAGUGGGUGAACGUUAUCGGCUACAUCACUGACAUCGCUCCAUUAGCCAACAGAGGCAACGAGUCAGCCCCAGGAACCCAGAUUGUCCAUGCCCAAGCUGUCCUUCUUUGGUCAGCUGGACCCUUUGAUAUACGGAGGUAUGAGGCAUCUCUCAAGACUCUCAUGCAGACGGGUUCCACGCGUUACCGUACGCCUUCCUGA